AUGUACGUGGCUGAAGUUGACCAGCGAGACUGGGAUGAGUAUGCUGAGCGGCUCACAUUUGCCAUUAACACUGCACAAGAUCGGAUCCGGGGGGAUACCCCGUUUUAUCUGAUUCAUGGGUGGGACCCGCGAUCGACUUUGAAGGCCACGCUACCAGUGGGGAAUACGGAGACACGAGAUCGCGAUCCAAAGAGGUGGAGAUACAAAAUCCAAAGACAAUACCUGCGAGCCCGAUCUGCAGUGAACAAUCGUUUACAAGCCGCAAUCCAGGAGCGAGCAGAUCGACACAACGAAGAUCUGGAACCACACGAGAUCGAAGUAGGAGCGCAAGUUUGGCUAUACCUGGACCGAGUUAAAGAGGGAUAUGCGAAGAAGCUAGCGCACAUGUGGCAUGGGCCAUUCCGAGUUGCGGACGUAAAGACGUUCCCUGAAGGCCCGAAGGAUCAGCUUACGAUAGAGAAAUCAGAUCGCUUGGAUUUCGAUGAAGCUCUGCUGCCAGAAGACAGUUGGGAUGGCGAUCUUGAAGAAGAAGAAUACGAAGUAGAGGCAAAAUUGGACGUGCAAUCUGGUAGAAAAACCCGUUAUAAGCGAGUACACCGGCAGUUUCUGGUGAAGUGGAAGGGAUAUCCCGAUCUAAGUUGGGUGGACGAGGCCGAUCUAAGUUGUGGGGCGAUCUUGCAAGAGUUUGAGCGGAACCGAGUGAGUCGAAACCGUUUCGACGUAAUGCAGUCUCAUGAAGGCAAGUCGGACGAACCUUAA